AUGGAACCGCGGCAUGAUGAAUUCUCUGAUUACAUCAAUAGUUUCUCUUUGGAUGAUGAGAGUAUCCUGCCUAUUUUUGGUCAGCCGCCAGGCCUUGCUAAUGGAUACCGAUUCAGAGAAGAACCUUUAGAUCUCAGCUUUUUAGAAGCUCCUAACAGGGAACCAAAUUCUGGCCCCUAUACUUCAGAUUCCUCUUCACGCAUGUCCACACAAGUAGACUCCCCCGAUGACUUUUCAGAUUGUGUUGUUAGGUACAUAAACCAGAUUCUCGUGGAAGAGGAUAUGGAGGCUAAACAGAGCAUGUUUCAUGACCCCUUAGCUCUACAAGCAACAGAGGAAUCAUUCUAUGAAGCCCUUGUUGAGAAAUACCCUCCUUCAAACGUUGAAAUCCCCGAAGACAACUUAUUCAGUAGCGCAAGUGACUACAGCACAAACAGUAGCAACUCCAAUGAUUCUCAAUGGCCUGGUGGUGAUUCUCUUGAAGCCAAAUCAUCAUCAUUUCCACAAACACAUUCUCUUGAACACCCUUUGUUAUCUUCAUUUGGCUCCACCACUAGCGUUACCAAUGAUGGUUUCAGCACAUUGAAUUCAAUGGUAAACACACACAUCAUUGAAAACAUAUUCACUGAUAACGAAUCUAUCUUACAGUUCAAUAGAGGGAUGGAGGAAGCUAGCAAAUUCCUCCCUCCUAGUAAACCCCUAGUCAUCGAUUUAGACAAAUACAACUUACCUUCAAAUCCAAGACAAUCUCCCACAAAAGCGGUUGUCAAGGAAGAGAAUGUCGAGACAAAAGGUAACUCAUUCAGGGGAAGGAAAAAGUGUCAUCGUGAGGAUACAAGUUAUGAGGAAGAAAGGAGUAGCAAACAUUCUGCUGUUUUUGAGGAAGAAGUCGAGCUGUGUGAUAUGUUUGAUAGAAUCGUUUCUUGUACAUAUAAUGAAUGUUCUUCCACAUCCGCCUCUGAAGAACCACCUAAGCCUGUAGUAAACAAAAAAUCACAGCAAAACGGACAUGCUCAUAGAUACACCAGUGGUUGGAUUGAUCGUUCUUGGGGAGGAAGCUCAGGUGAUGCCCCACAAAGGCUAGCUCAUAUCUUUGCUAAUGGUCUUGAAGCUCGCUUAGCUGGCAUUGGUUCUCAUCUUUACAUGUCUAAAAGCACCAUAAAGAUCUCAGCUUCUGAAAAGCUGAAAGCUUAUCAGUCUUAUAUCUCAUCUUGUCCUUUCAAGAAGAUUGCCAUUUUCUUUGCUGGAAAACUGAUAUAUGAUGCAGCUUCAACAUAUUCCACUCUUCAUAUUGUAGAUUUUGGUAUUGCAUAUGGUUGUCAAUGGCCUAUUCUCAUCAAGCAUCUUUCAGAGAGGCGCGGGGGCCCACCUAAGCUGAGAGUCACCGGAAUAGACCUCCCGGACCCUGGUUUUAGACCCUCUGAAAGGGUGGAGGAGACAGGGCGUCGUUUAGCUAACUACUGUGCAAGAUUCAAUGUCCCAUUUGAGUAUAACGCAAUAGCAAUUCAAAACUGGGAGCUGAUCAAGAUUGAAGAUCUAAAGCUACAAAGAAACGAAUGUCUUGCAGUGAACAAUCUGAUUUCUUUCAAGAACUUACAUGAUGAUUCGGUUAUGGAGAGCAAUCCACGAGAUGGUGUUCUGAAGCUGAUUAGGGACAUGAAGCCUGAUAUGUUUGUUCAGACUGUAGUGAAUGGGUCUUACAGUUCUCCGUUUUUUGUAACCCGUUUCAAGGAGGCUCUUUUUCAUUUCUCUUCAAUGUUCGAUAUGUUUGAUGCUACUUUAGAUCGUGAAGAUGAAGAUAGGUUGAAUUUUGAGAGGGAGUUUUGUGGGCGUGAAGCUCUGAAUGUGAUUGCGUGUGAAGGUGCUGAAAGGGUGGAAAGGCCCGAGACUUAUAAGCAGUGGCAAGCUAGGAAUUUGAGAGCUGGGUUCAAGAUCAAACCUUUGGAGAGGGCUUUUGUUUCUAAACUGAGGGGGAAGGUGAAAGCAGGGUAUCAUAAGGAUUUUGUGUUUGAUGAUGAUGGGAAAUGGGUGUUACAGGGAUGGAAAGGUAGGAUUCUGCGUGCUACUUCUUGUUGGGUCCCAGCUUAG